AUGUCGUUGCAUAUCUAUAUUGCUCACUCCGGCGAGCAUUUGCUGGCGGAUCCGGUCGCCUUUGCUUCACCGGAUUCCUUAAAAGGAUGGAUUGUUCGAAAUACUUCGAUUCCAUCUUCCAGGCAGAUCUUGAUGACUGCGCGAGGGAAGAACGUCAAGACCCAGACGCUCGCCACCGAGACCGAGAUCUUUGUCUAUGACCGGCAGUACGUGAGCGAACCCGCCGACUUUGAGCUUCCCGAGCUUCCUGCCCCAGAAACAUUCCAACCACAUAAGCCCCCGGCUUCGCUGACGGACCAAAACGACCUACAAUCAUGGCGGAACUUGUUUAUGACGAGGAGGACUUGGGCGCUGGAUCUAUCUACUCGCUGUGGGUCGAUGGAUAAGAAUAUCAAGGAGCAUAACGAGCGAACUGAUGUCAUCAACCGUGCCGUUGGUGUGGCCCUUGAGAACCUCAAGUCACACGUGGGUACCCUGGAACAUCGCUUCCAGGAGGCACAAACAUGGGCCAACAAUCUCCUCGAGGAGCAGCAGGCUGCUCUCGAUGGCUGGCAGCGCGCUCUGGAGUCGCUGGAGAAUAUCCCGGCCCGGAAGGACUUCCCUAUGCUGGGGCGCCCAUCCACCCCCAAGAAAGACAAAGAUCAGCCUACGGGGACGCUGCGGGACUUUGUAGAUAUUAAUGAAGUUCUCCAAGCUGGCUCGGAUGCUGGGGUCGUAUCUCCGCGCUUUGCGGGACAGGCUCGGGACCUUGAACAGGCUGUCAGCGAUAUCGCCUCGGAUACACAAGCCCUGGUGGACGAGGUGGUCCCCACAUCGGCGGAUGGCGAGGAUGGAUUGCUUGAGGAAGUGGAAACACUCGCAAAGAAAAUUGGCUCUGAUUACGAACAUGUUCUCGGCUUGCCCAAUAAUCAGAAGAUGCUGGCCAAUAUUUCUAGGCUUGCGCUCAACCAUACUCAGAAUCUACUCCCAUCGCUGUUGGACCUCAGUGGCGAUCUUCACCACGCUUUGGAGCAAGCAGUCCGUCGACGCGCAGCCGCUGAGAAGACAGCCCUACAGCACAUGCGCACGAUCUCGUUCAUCGAGUCACGCCUUGCCGACGCCCAUGCGCAGCUGGUCAACUUUGAUAUUGACAGCAAUGCGUUUGAUGUACUCUAUGCUGUUUUCCAGAUGCCAAUGAUCUACGGAUCGGUCCUCAUCGAGUCUGUUCGCAGGCGUGUAUGGAAUGAUAAAAUCAAAAGCGACUCGUUGGCCCUAACCGAGGAGAUGGCCAUUUUGAGGGACGAAGAGCAGCGCCGACGGAAGAAAUGGAUUAAAACUAUGGGCGACUUCAUCUCCUUUGGAGAUUCUACAACGCCGGGGAUUGAGGUCAACCUCCAUGGCCAAGAUAGUGACUGGCCCGAAGUCAGUCGAAACGAGAUUGAGACAUAUAUUGAAGACCUGCGGAACAAACACUCAUUGUCGAAUAUUGCAGAUGACCUAGCCCAGCAAUUCAAGGAUCUUGAUGGACCAACUCGCCAGCAAAGACGACGAGCAAAAGCGUUCAAAAAUGGUAGUGUCUUUGACUUGAGUCGAAGCUCUAUGCUACUACGCGGUGAUGACAUGGUCCGAAGUCUGCAAGAGGAGAAAGGAAAACUGGAGGAGAAACUCAAGGGGUCUGACAGUCGCAUUCGGAAAUUGGAGGACCUUCUGCAUCGCCAGAGCCACAUGAGUCGGCCUUCGAGCGGCAACUUUGGACAUGACUUCCCCCUCUCCCCUGCGUCACCCCACCCCGAUGCUCUCUCGAGGCGCUCCUCGGUCUCGUCGAGGCGUGUGUCCAUGACUCAGUCACCAGAGGACAGAGCUUUGGUCCAACGCAUUGUCUCGCUUGAAGCAGAGCUCAACGUGGAAAGAGAAACAGUGCAAAGACUUCAUAAAGAAGCUCACGCCGAGCGCCAGUCAAACUCUGACAAAUACCAAGAGGCUCAAUCCACCAAGCAAGAUCUCAUUGGAAACCUCGAAGCGCGACAACGCGAAUUUGAAGAUGAGCGAAGAUACUUGGAAGCAGAGGUCAAAAAGUUUAGACUUCGCACCGAAGAGGUGGAAGAAGAGCUGGAUAGGCUCGUUGAUAGCCGGGAGCAUGAGAAGCAAGAGGUCGACGAGCGGAUUAAUCAGCUCGAGACUGACCUGCAAGCCGCACAAGCUAAUUCCGCCGAGGCAACUCGCACGAUUACAGAUCUCAACGAGCGGGUUGAGUCUCUGCAGCAGGACGAACAGCAUCUCCAAGAGAAGGUUGAAGAUCUGGAACGUCAGCGUGGCGAAUUGACCCGGAAGGAUCAAGACCAUUAUAAUGCUUUACAGUCGGCCUUUAUGAAUCUUUCUCCGGGAGGAACAGUCCCCACUGACAUUCCUGGCAUUAUCAAAGCUAUCGAGGUUCUCGCCGAAGGCUUGUCUAUCCAUGUGAAGAGUGCGGAGGACAGUGCCUCGAAGCUGAUGACUGAGAAUAAGGCUCUCGAGGAGAGGAUUUCUCAGCUAGAGUACGAGCUUGAGGGACGGCUGAAGGUUGCUGAUGAUCGCGAGGCCGAAAUCACGCGAUUGACGCAACAGCUGAAGAAAGAAAAGCUGGACCUGGACGUCGUCAAGGCUGAACUAGACCAGGAACGAUCUAGACUGAAUACGUUGCAGUCGCAAGUUUCAGCUGGCGAAAGUGGUUCUGAUGCCUUGCGAGAGCAGCUCGCGGAGGAAGAGCGGAAGCAGGCUAAUUUGGCGCGGAAACUGGCCGAUGCAGAGUCUCACGCUCGGGAUCUACAAUCCAAAGAGGCAGAUUGGGAGGGAAAGGUUGAGGAAGCAUCUCAAGCAGCACAACAAGCUGUUUCUCGACUGGGUGCCCGAGGUAGCAAGUCGCAUGACUUGUCCAAGCAACUAUAUUCACAGAUUGAGAAACUGGAGCGGAUGCUGGAACAGCUCGGAUUCGCGAUUAUUCAACAAGAAGGCCGUCUAAUCGUCCAGCGUGCUUCCAAGCUCAGCACCUCAUCUAGUCUAGGAGAAAGUAUUGCCCAAUCCGGCAUUAUCACGGCGAGACCAGACUCGGCUCUUCUAGGCUGGAUGCAUGCCGACAGCCCUGAAGACGAGGAGACUAGAUUCACAGCUUUCAUGGAAAGCCUGAAUCAUUUCGAUGUUGCCGUCUUCGGGGAUGUGGUGGUCAAGCGUGUCAAGGACAUCGAGAUACUAGCACGCAAAUGGCAGAAAGAAGCCAAAGGUUACCGUGAAAAGUAUCACCGAGUCCAAAGCGAAGCUCACGAAAAGAUCGCUUACCGAUCCUUCAAGGAAGGCGAUCUCGCUCUGUUCCUCCCGACUCGCAACCAAGCCAUCCGUUCCUGGGCCGCUUUCAAUGUCGGUGCACCACAUUACUUCCUGCGCGAGCAAGACUCUCAUAAACUGCAAACACGGGACUGGCUACUGGCCCGCAUCAGCAAGAUUGAGGAGCGCGUCGUCGACCUAUCCAAGUCUUUGAGCGGGGUCGCUCCAGACCGGCGCUCUCUCGGCGACGCCAGCGACGUCGCUUCCAUCGACGAGAAUCCUUUCGAGCUAUCCGACGGUCUACGUUGGUACCUUCUUGAUGCCACGGAGGAAAAGCCCGGUGCCCCGGCGACACCUGGCAUUGCUAAGAGCACCGUUGCAUCUGCCCACGUCGAUGCGAAGGGAAGCAUUCGUCUCAAGCGACCCACGGAAGAAAGCACCGUCGCCCAAACCUUGUCCAGAAGCCUUGAGAGCCGUCGCAAUAGCUCGAACUCGAAACGAGGCACGCCUACCCCCUCGCAAAUGGCCAACGACUCCGCCUCCGAUCUAGUUCGCCCUGCCGACGCAGACGCCGGCUCUCAGCCUCGCGAGUCUGCCCCGAUCUUCGACGAGGUGCGCCGUGACCUGCUCUUCGGCCCGUGA